AUGAAUGGCUUGCUCUGUGGUCCUCCUAUUCCGGUGAAAGCGCCGGCCCUCUUCUAUGGCGAUUGCGGCUCUAGGCCCUCCAAACACGAGAAUAUGAGACCAAAUGGACACGGAGACGAUAUUCCUGUACAGCAACACCGACGGUGGAGCGUUGAGACCCCGUUAGAGCGUCAGAGGACGGAAUCCUGA